UGACACUGAUGUUUUCAGCGUUUGGUGCACAUAAUAAUCUUAAUAUUGAUACUAUUUGCAGAUACAGUAAACAGUCUUUCAGUAUAGAAAAACAAGAAUUAAGCAUCGGCAACACAAAAGGCCAUUCUUUUGAUCCAGAUGCCCCGCCACCCUAGUUAGUCUGCAAGAUUACGAGAUAUCCAUCCCACUGAUACACUGCUGUCUCAAACCUUUUGUUCUUGCAGAAAUAGGUCAUUACCUGAUUGUUAAGUGUGCUCUGAAUUGCCCCCUUUCUGGUCAUGUGACUUAAAAUACAAAGGGGGCCAGUGUUUUUGCCAUCACUGGACUUAUCUAACAAUGCGUCUUGGAGGGAUGAAUUUCAAAACAAAAUCAUACCAUUGAUAGUGUAAAGAUAAGAGAUCCCGUCUGUGAAACCCCCAUCUAUUGGCUGGUGUGGGGGGGUGGAGAUGAUGGCCCAUAAAGUCUACUUGUCUUGUGUAUAUAAAUUACAUUGUUACAUUUGCACUGAUUCAAAAACAUAUAAAAUGUGGAUAUUUUUCUUAGGAAUCUUGGUGAUGGGGGCACUGGGGACAAAAGGGGACUCUCCGCCACAGACAGUCAAACACCAGCAUCUUAAGGCCCUUCACUGCCCUCCCUGUGAGCAAAUUCACUGCUCCCCUCGACAGGCGCUGAGGCUCAGGUGUAGAGGGGGGGUGACCACAGGUGUGUGCGGCUGCUGUCCUGUCUGUGCCAGAACCGAGGGCGAGAGCUGUGGGGGGGCCUGGGACUAUCUGGGCAAAUGUGAUCAGGGGCUAGUAUGUGUCUAUGAGGAGUCAGAACAGGACAAGACUGAGAGGACUGGAGUCUGUAAAGCAGUUAUUGAGCCACUGGAUUCAGAGAGCUGUCAUCCAGAGUGCACAAAGGAAUUCUGUCAUGAAAACCCAACUAAAAUCUGCUCUGCCAGACUUGUGUCUCUGGAUAGGAGGCCUUGCCAGGGCUCUUGUCAGCACACCUCCUGCUCCGCUUGUGUCCUGCUUGAGCCCCCGUCCUGUCCACAGACCUGUCCCACCUCAGAUGCCUCCUGUCUGCAGCGCUUCGGCAAAUGUGUUCAUAACCACCUGCUCACACCUCACCACCAGCCUGUGUGCCACCAUAACAUGCAGAGUAACAGUGGAGGAAGCUUGGUGUGUUUAGUCCCAGACUGUCCGAAUGCAUCUAAGUGAAUUAUUGUGAGACUCAAUGUAUGUAGCACAAGCACCAAGGCAGCUAUUUGUACAGAUAAACUGUGAAUGCAUUGUAAUUCAAAUAAAUAAUGUCUUACUGAAGUAUUGUAUUUGCUAAGCGGAGUGACAGCCCCCCCCGCAUGGGCUGCCCCCUGUGAUGUGAGUGUUAUUCAAUAACAGUUUAUGAGGCAGUCGAUAUAAUGAGCUGCUAUGAACAGGGCCAACAAUGAGCCUUCUGUGUGGUGGCCUUCAAUUAUGACACUUUCAAACUAAAACUCAAUAGAGUUCACAAUAAUCAUUUUGACUACUGUUGAUUUGCGCUAAAGUAGGAUAUCCAAACCAAAAUGUAUAAGUUUAAAAAAUGUACGAUGUGACAGUACUCCAAAAUGCCAAGAUUGAUAUCCUAUCAUUACAAAUAUAGAUAAAAUGCUUUUUUUUAAUAACAACACCUUCAUUAGACUAGAUAACAUAUGAAUAAAGACUUAAAUCAUAACAAUUAAGUUAUUAAG